GAUAAAUGCAUUUCACUUAAAUAUUUUUUACAAACAAAAAGCUAUUGGUUGUUUAUUAAAUUAAUAUAAAGUAUAAAAAUCUAAUAAAACAAACUCUGAAUUAUUUAUUAUAUCAGAAAUUUGAUUAGAUCUUAAAAGGGAUGAUGAAAUUUUAAACGAUAGCUAUCUAGUUAGUCUUAUUAAUUGGAAUAUCGACAGCUAUGAAUCCAGAUAGCUGUGAUAUGUUCACCAACAUGUCUUGUACUUUAAGUAUUACUUCUGCAGUCAAUAACUGCAAAGAAAGCAAGGAUAUCUCAAAGUGUUACAGUGAAUUUUAAGCUUAAAAAGAGUGCAUUAACUGCACAUGCAAUAUAUUCCCAAGAUAUUGCUCAGUAAAAUCUGGAGAGAUAGAUGAAAAUGGAAGCACAAAUCCAUUUUCUAAAGUAAAAACUAGCAAAGAAGACACACACUAUAUUGAUAUUCAAAAAAUUCUUCUCACUGCUAUUUAAUGUGAUCCAAAUCUAUUCUAAACUUGCCAGACAAAGAUUAAAUACAUUUCAGGUGAAUGUUUAAUGUCGAAUGAUAGCAAGCCACUAAUUUCCUGUAUUUAAGAUAAGGUUAAAGAUACUGAAUGCAACACUUGUGUUUGCAAAGUCCUACCUUAGUUCUGUGACAAGGAGCAAUUAGACAAAGCUGAAAAAGAAAAGAAUUCAAAGUCAGCACCAUCAAAUGGUACUCCUAAUAUUGGAGAUGUUCUCCUUGGUGGAUUAUUUUAAUCUGGUUUGAACUCUGAUAAAUUAAAAGAUAUGUUAUCGAAUGGUUCUGUUAAAGAUAAUGUUACUAACUUACUUUAGGAUCAAGGAAUCUAAAAUAAAGUCAAGGAACUUCUGAAAAAUCAAUAAAUUACUGAUUAACUAAAAAACCUUAUUCAAUAAAAUCCUGAAUAAGUUUCUAAAGUAGCAUAAAACUUAGCAGACAAUAAGCAAACAUCGAAAAUAGUUUAGGAAUUAGCUGAGUCUUAAAUUCAAAAAGAAAAAGAAAAGCAAGAAUAGGAGAAAAAGAAGCAAGAAGAAGAAGAGUAGCAAAAGAUGAAGAAGGAAUGCACAAAAAGUCUAAAAAGCAAAUGCUAAAUAGAAUUCUUCAAGCUUUUAAAGAAAUGUCCUCCCACUCAAAGUGGUCAUUUAGCCUGUAUUUACACUUAAUUAAGUGGAAAUGAAUGCGAAGCCUGCAUUUGCUCAUUUAUUAAAAAUGCAUGCAAGUGAUUUGAUUUUAUAAGCAUAAUUUCAAUAGAAUAAAAUAAAUACUAAAAUAUAAAAUAUUUAUUAUUAGCACAAUUUAAAUUUAUGAAUAAAAAAUAUAUAUCAUAUUGAUUGAUUGAAUGAAUUUAUUUC